UCAUGAACUGUUGUAUAUGCAAGAACUAUUGCAUGUUGAAAUGCAAAACACUCAAUGUGAGAAUGAAGCAUUUUUCAAAGUGUUUGGAAAGGAACAUGAUGGAUAUGUCCGUUCUAUGGGGCUUGGGAUAACACCAUCUCGAAUCUCUAGUCGCUCUACUAGAUUAGCCUCAACCUCAUCUUCCAUCAAGGCUAAUGAGAAAAUGUUGAAAAUGCUAGCUGAGAUUGAUUCUCUUAAGGAGAAGGCUUCACAAGUUGAUUUCUUGAACGCGCAAGUUGCUUUUUUAAUGCAAAUGCAAGUGCAAAAUUCUAGAGACAAAGAGCCAACAAAUUUAGAAACAAGAGAUGGUAGACAUUCAUCUGAGUCUAGCCACCGCCUUGAGGAUCAUUGAAGCAACAUCAUUAGGGAACUUCUAAUUUUGCUACAACUGUUUUGAAUGUUCAGUCACUAGUGUUUCGUUUUUUGAAUGUUUAAACUUGACACUAUAUAUCUUUUGUUUUAGUUAAGUUGAUGUAUGGAUCAAACUUCUUACUCUUGAAUUAUGUAUAUUUUGCAUUUUAAGUCUUUAGUAAUAUAUUUUGAGAUUGUCUUCAAA